CUCCAUGUUUUCCCACAUACGCCUAACAUGUACAGCUAUCCAAUUUACGCAUCGUACUGGCACGCAACGGGACUAAACGCGAUUCGCCUAAAGCAAGCUGGGGCCUUGGCUCAUUCUGUCUUUCCCGUUACAACGUUGUACUGCUACCCACGGUCUAACCUGUUGAACGUCCGCUCGUACACUACCGCCGAGCAUAAAGCGGGGACGCCCGUCAUGGCCUCAUCCACGGGAGCUACCACAGGUGGUACGGGAACUUUUGCCUUCAAAAGCAGCAUGGAUACGUACGCUGCUUUGGAAGACCAAAGGCGAGAGAGCCCGGCUGCAGAGCGGAACAAGCAGCCUAUUCUGGAUGUCAUGCGUCUGUAUCUGCUGGGUAACCCCGGCGCUGCGGCUGCACCUGGCCCCGCUGCUGCUGCGGCGGCGGCGGCUGGGGAGGGGCACGCUGUGGGUCGCCGUCCGCUCAUACUGGAGAUAGCCAGCGGGUCCGGUCAACACGUCGCCCAUCUAGCUGCUGCCCUACCACAGUACGACAUCCAACCGUCUGACGUCACAACCGAACUGUACGGCAGCAUUACGGCUUACGCCGCCGGCUUAACUAAUGUACGACUGCCGCCGUUACUGUUGGACGCUUCGGCGCCCGACUGGCCCGUCAAUGCGGCGUUAGCGGUUAACGCCGCAACGGCAAAGGCUCCGAAAGAAGAUUGUACGACAGAUGAGCAAGGAGGAGAUGGAGAUGGAGGUGGUGUGUGCGGCUUGGAUGCGGCUGCUAUCCUGUGUGUCAACAUGUGCCAUAUCGCACCCGUGGAGGCCACACAAGGGCUGCUGAUGGGGGCAGGCACCGCCCUGCGCCCCCGCGGCGGCCUGCUCUUCAUCUACGGCCCCUUCACUCGAGACGGCGCCCACACCGCCCCCAGCAACGCGGCCUUCGAUGCCUCCCUGCGCUCCCGCAACCCCGCGUGGGGCUACCGGGAUGUGGGGCAGGUGGUGGCGUGGGCGACACAGGCGGGGCUGGAGCACGUGGCCGUUCACGACAUGCCGGCAAAUAACUUCAUGCUGGUGUUCAGGCGGCCGUGAAGCCCUUGGCGUGAUGAAGCAUCAUAUGACCUUUGAUGACCACGUGCGAAAUAAAUGAAUGACCGUUGUCGUGUGUUCUACUCUAGUUGGGAGGGGUCCUUUAAAGGGGCAUGCAAGCAAUCAGAUGAAGCGUUGAGAGGUGGUGGUUGGAGGCGAGGUGGCAUUGGGAGAAGCACAGGAAAGGAGGUGCAGGGGUAUUGAAUGCUGAACGCUGGAUGGCAACUACAGAUUGUAAGGUACGGGGGCGCAUGAACGGUGGAUGCAUUGUUCGCAUGCAAGCAGGGGAAGCUCACGACUCGUUCGUGUUUGCGGCCCCGCUCGCCAUGCCAGCUACCCAGUUAAGCCGCAGGCAAGGGAGCAUUCCCCUUCCAGCAGCGUAAGGGGCGCAUGCGGUCCAUGUGUAUUGAGCAGUUGCAGUUAUACUGAAAGCAAGGAGGGAACCAGGGGCGGGUUAUUAUUGCAUUCGGCCGAACUGCGUGUGCACGGCGCAGAGACAUGGUAUGAACAAGGGAAUAGUCCAAAAGACCGUUGCUGUUGCUGCCAUGCUGUACCCUAUGCAUGGAAGUUGAC